UGGUACGUCUUCUCGUCAAAUCUGGUCGAGGUUAUUUAUGGAAUAGUUUAAUACACAUUCCAUGCUGUUUAGCAGAUGUGAGGCCUGAGCCAGACAUUACCACAAGAUAUACAUGUUUCGCUUGUGCUGGACAUGUCAUCAGCAAGUAAUCUCAGUGUCAUCCCUUGGAUAAACAGCAUCCCGUUUGGUUGGAGAAACUACCGAUGCUGACCGUGUUACGGAUCUCUUCUUCCUCUUUUUUAAAUGUCCUCGUGUACGCCCAUGCGAGUGUGGGUGUAUUCACGAUGGCCCCCUUUUUCCUUUUCCUCCUGUUGGUGAAUUCAACUUCUCAGCGUGAAUCACUUGUGGAUACCUGGCUGUGGAUUCCCGGACGUUAAGAGAAAUAUACAUUUCCCCUUGGCAGCCACACACACACACACACACAAACGGAUCGAUCGUGUAAAAGAAAAAGAAAAGGAAAAGAAUAAAAUGCAACAAACACACGAAGAGGGUCGAAAAUAAAAGACGCCACCAAUGGCAAGUCGCUAGACUGGGCGGGAUCGCCCGUCGACUCCUGCCACUCGACCAAUGGACGAACGAAUUCAAACUCCGCCCAUCAGUCCCCGGCGAUGGGCGGUGGCGACGAGGUGAGGUUGCGGGAGUUGGGAGAGAGAAGGAGGAGUCUGAAAUUUGGCGCCUGAUGGCUGGGCAGUCGCCGCUGGAUGUGGCUUCGGUCCGGUUCCUCACGUCACUCUGUCCCCAGUGACAUUUCGAUUAUUUAUUCAUCGCCGCCACCAGCAGCAGCAGCAGCAACUCGACUGGGCCUUUCAAACCACACGGCGUUUUGACCCGUUCCAACAUCCCGUGUGUGUUUUUUUGUUUGUCCGUCGAGAGUGACGUUCGUUUCACCUUCUUCUUCUACUUCCAGAAAUUCAUUUUCAUCUUCAUCAGAAAAAAGAAAGAAAAUUUUUAUUUAGUGUCGGCUGCAUCACUCACGCAACGCAAGAUUCGUCUGCUCUGCGUUUGACUCUCCUUGGCGCGCUCAACUGUGAUUCGUGUAUUUUUCCCCCGGUUCGUCGUUCGGGUUUUCUUUUUGGGACAAUCGAAAAAGGGGCCAAGCGAAACUUUUGAAAAAGUGUUUUAGGUUUUGGUUUUGAUUUCAUUUGAACACCGGCCAACGGCGGGAGUUUCGAAUCCGUCGGGAAAGUGCGUGAAUCGACCCAACUGCACCAGCGACAAUCGAACAGUGACCGAGGAUUAUUGGUGACACACGCGUUGAAAUUUCGAGUUGAAUUCACUCGCCGAUUUAGGCCUAUGAAUAUUUCGCCGAUCCAGUGAUUUCCCCCCCCCCCCAAUCGCCCGGGAAAAAAAAUUGGAAUUGUGCGUUCGUUUUUUGACGCGAGACAACAUCAGUUUCGUGGAGUUUGAUCGUUUGACAUUGUGCUCCGCUGGUCGAGUGCUGAGAGCGGCCCGAAAAUUUCGCCCUCGUUGGUCCUCGUCGAGUCCGAGAUGCAGACGGAACAGCAGCCUCUCCUCCUAGGUGGAGGGCAGCAUCACCACCACCUACACCACCAUCCGCUGCAGCAGCACCAUUCGUCGGUGUCGGCCGUGACUGUGGCCGCUGCCGUGUCCGUCGGUCCCGGUCCCAUCGUCCCGUCUUCGGUCCCGGGUCCGGUCCGCACCGUUUCCAGUCACAGCGCAGUCGGAAGCCUGGGCGUCAAUAACUCUGCGACGUCCGGCAGCAGUUUGUGCGUGGGCUGCGGGUCGCCGAUCCAGGACCAGUACAUCCUGCGGGUGGCGCCCGACCUGGAGUGGCACGCCUCCUGCCUCAAGUGCGUCGAGUGCGGCAUCUUCCUGGACGAGAACUGCACCUGCUUCGUCCGCGACGGCAAGACCUUCUGCCGCCGGGAUUACGUCAGGUUGUUUGGUGCCAAGUGCGACAAGUGCGGGCUGGGCUUCAGCCGCUCCGACUUUGUGAUGAGGGCCAAGAGCAAGAUCUACCACAUCGAGUGCUUCCGGUGCGCCCUGUGCCAGCGCCAGUUGGUGCCGGGCGACGAAUUUGCCCUGCGUGACGACGGCAACCUCUUCUGCAAGGACGACCACGACCAGACCAACAACAACAACAACAACAGCAGCAAUCAGAAUAACAACAACAACGGCGGGAAUCACCACCACCACGGCCAUCAUCACCACCACCACCACCAUCACCUGGGCAGCGGCGGCGGGCAGAACAGCUCGUCGCUCAUGUUGCUGGAGGCCAAGAGCGAGCACCACAAUCAGAGCAGCAACAGCAGCAGUGGCACCGUUUCCUUCCUGCCCAUCAGCAACAGCAGCGUCAAAAGCCACAAAUCGAGCAGUGGACGCCAUAGCCGAGCCAACAGCAACGACUCCCACUCAGAUAGUUCCGACACUUGCAUCACGACGUCGACGCGGAAGGAGAGCGGCGAGCGGUCGCGGGGGGCGGGCAACAGCAAAGGCGGAAUGGGCGGCGUCGGCGGGUCGGGCGGCGUCUCUGGCGGCGGCGGCGGCGGCGGGUCGGACGGCAAGCCGACGCGAGUCCGCACGGUAUUGAACGAGAAGCAGCUGCACACGCUGCGCACCUGCUACGCGGCCAAUCCCCGUCCCGACGCCCUGAUGAAGGAGCAGCUGGUGGAGAUGACGGGCCUGUCGCCGCGGGUGAUCCGCGUCUGGUUCCAGAACAAGCGCUGCAAGGACAAGAAGAAGGCCAUCCUGAUGAAGCAGAUCCAGCAGCAAGAGAAGGACGGAAGGAAGCUGGGCUUUGGUUCGAUGCAAGGCAUCCCGCUGAUCGCGUCCAGUCCAGUCAGGCACGGCGAGUCGUCGCCCAGCGGAGGCAGCGGCGUCGGUGGUGGCGUCGGCGGCGGUGGAGGAGGCGGAGGCAACGGAGGAGGCGGAGGUGGCGGCGGGAUCAAUCCGGUGGAAGUGCACGCCUUCGCCCCGCCCUGGAAGGCCCUGGCCGAGUUCGCCUUGCACAACGAUCUGGAGCGCAUCGAUCCGUCCGCACCGCAUUUCCAGCAGCUCAUCAAUCAGAUGCACGGCUACGAUAUUCACGGUCCACCUGAUCACCUGUCGCAUCACCACCACCAUCACCACCACCCGCUGCAGCAUCACCAACAGCACGGCCAUCAUCACAUGGGCGGCGGCGGCGGUGGAGGAGGUCCCAUGGAAAUGGGCACCCUGGUGGGCGGAAUCCACCACGGCGGAGGCAUUCCGCACCACAUCGGAGUCGGCCCGCUGCAGCAUCCGCACCAACAGCAGCAGCAGCACGAUCCGUCGGACGCAUUCGUCCAGUUUCUCGACUCGGAUGAGGACAGCAUGCAGCACGACGGUCACAGUCCGUGAACCGGAAAAUCAAUCUCCCACAACUUGUGUGUGUAAAUUAGACAAUAACGCAGCCAAAUUGAAUUCAAUUUACUAUUCUGCGGUGAAAGAAGAAGGAAAAAAAAAAAAGAAAAUUGCGGAUGGUUAUUUCAAUCUCUCACUUUCCGGUGGCGCUCCUGUUUUCUUGAUUAUAUGCACAACCGGAAUUCCCAGAAUAUUAUUUAUUUAUGAUCGAAAAAAGAAAAAAGUUCAAACAAAAAUUUCGAAAACAAAAACAAAUUUUUUGUUUUAAAUUAAAGUAUACAUGAACUCUACUGUUUAAUUGUCGCCGGUUCGAAUAACCAGUGCGGGAUAUUGUCGACAAACGAUUUUGUUAAUGUGUGAAACAAAAAAAAUUUAAAGAAAUUAACAACAAAAAAAAUAAUAAUAUUAGAAAGAAAACCAGAUGGGAAUAAUUUUUUGUUUGAUAUUUUGCGUGCCGUGUGCGUCCAGUGUUUCCAAGUCUGUGUGUUUGUUAUCGGUUGUUUUUAUUUUUUUGGAAAACAUUUUUUGAAUGAGCUCUAAACAUAAAAAAGGAAAAAAAAUACCCUGAUUGAUUGUGAUUGUUGCUGUCCAUUGAUACAUAACUCUGCGUCCUACUACCAUUACUACAGACCCGUGUGUGCGUGUUGGUUUUUAUUCCCCAUUUCCCUCCCCUUUAAACUAAAUGAUAUACAAGCGUGUCUUUGUUGAUUGAAAGGAAAUUACACACAAAUCAAUAAAUGGCAAAAGGAAUUUUCAGCGGA